AUGUGCUGCCGCUACACAGAUUACCACCUCUGCGGACACCCCUACCGCGACCGCAACCUGCACACCACCCGUCUCGUGCCCUGCUCGCACUACAACCCUUCCCACGCCUGCCACCGCCGCCUGCCGGUUCACGCGGAACGGGGGUAUACCUACGAUUUGGUUUGUCCUAGUUGUUAUGAUGGAGGGAUUGGAGUGGGGAGUAAGCAUGUGAGGUGGGCUGAUUUGGGGUCUUCGUCGUCUUCUUCCCUAGGGUCGAGGACAGGGUUAUGGUAUCGGCCGUCGCCGUCGUCCUCUGGGUUAGGGUCGUCGGGGUCAGGGUCGUGGUCGAGCUUGGGGACCUUCGGGUCGGGGUCGUGGUAUAGGUCGUCUUCGUCGUCAUCAAGAUCGUCCCGGUCACCGGCACAAACACGUACCAGCAAGCUAGACGUGAACUUUGAUUGGGACUGGGAUAGAGGACGAAGCCGGUACCGCAGUGGGACAGGGAGAGACAGAAACAGAGAGAGAGACGGACUGGAUGUGAAGGUGCGGUGGUCGCCGCAUCACGAUAAGGAUGAUGAUUAUGAUAUCACGGCAAGCUACAGCAGGGACGGUACCCGCUGGUGGGACUGUGGGCUGGAGACGUCAUGGAGGUCGAAAUCCUGGUCGGGGUCGCGGCCGCGGUCGUAUGGGGGUAAGGGGGCUACCAGGCUGGGGGAUUGGGAUUGGGAUUGGGAUGGAGGUGAUUCGUGGGGGGCUAAGGUGAGGUAUCGGUCGCGGUGGUUGUGA